AUGAACCUUCCAACCUUUCUUUUUGUGGUGGGGUGCUGUUGUACCCUUUCAAUUGGUGCAGAAGAAGAGAGUUCCAGUGGACAUUUCAUUCUAGAUUCAAUUGAAGAAGCAAAGAAAAUAGUAGAUGCUGCUUACAAGUAUUCUCGUGAUGAGAGUUUAGCUAGGGUGCGCAGCGAUGUCAUCAAGCCUUCUGACAAGCUACGUCUACUGAAACAGCCAGCUCGAAAGACACGAGAGGCUGUGAGAGCCGCAGACUACAUGGCGCAAACGCUUAGACUGAUCAGUGUGAAAGCCCAUCAUGUACACAAGAGGUCCAUCAAUGCUACAAAUUUGCUCACUCUGGAUGAGCUUAACACGAUUAAACGUCUGACAGGCUGUGCGGCUCAAACCCGGCCCCCUUCUUGUAGGACCACACCCCUCAUAAACAAGUACCGAACUGCCACAAAUAUCUGCAACAACAGGAGGAACCCACUUCUUGGUGCAUCUAACACCCCAUUUGCCCGCUGGUUGCCUGCUGUCUAUGAUGAUGGCAUCUCCCAGCCCGAGGGGUGGGAUCCCAACAGAUUGCACAAUGGUGCAGCGCUGCCCUUGGUCAGACUGGUUUCCAAUCGUAUUCUAAGCACUGCAGAUGCAGACAUAGAGAGUGAUCAUGACUUUACCUUCAUGCUUACCAUCUUUGGGCAAUGGGUUGACCACGAUCUGACUUUUACGCCCACCUCACCAAGCAUUAGGUCGUUCAGCAGUGGCCUCAACUGUGAUGAGAGCUGUGAGCGCUCUGAACCCUGCUUCCCAAUUCCGGCCCCUCCAGGAGAUCAACGGCUGCGUCCUGAAACCUGUCUCCCUUUCUUCCGUUCAUCACCGGCCUGUGGUUCCGGAAACACUGCCUAUCUCUUUGGUGGGGUCCCCAAAGUUCGGGAACAGAUCAAUGCUCUAACAGCUUACCUAGAUGCUGGACAGGUUUACGGGGCAGAGGAUGGGCUAGCACUGGAACUACGAGACCUGACCAAUGAUGGUGGUCUUCUACGUGUCAACAGUCAGUUCCAGGACAAUGGACGAGAGCACCUGCCCUUUACCAGUGUAAAAAGCAACAUGUGUGCCACGCGUGGGAAAAUCCUCAAUGACACCACUUUAACAGAGGUGCCUUGCUUCAUUGCAGGGGAUGUUCGUGUUGUUGAGAACAUUGCUCUUACCUCAUUACACGCACUUUUCUUGAGAGAGCACAAUAGACUGGCUCGUGCCCUCCAUGUACUCAAUCCAACUUGGAGUAGUGAAACUCUCUAUCAGGAGGCAAGAAAAAUUGUGGGUGCCUACAAUCAGAUCUUGGUGAUUAAGGAAUACUUGCCGUUAAUUGUGGGCCCUGAUGCUUACAAUAAACACCUUGGACAAUAUUCAGGUUACAAUGAAAAUGUGGACCCUACCAUUGCAAAUGUCUUUGCCACUGCAGCUUUCCGUUUUGCCCACCUAGCCAUCCAACCCAUCAUAUUUCGUCUUGAUGAAAAUUAUCAGACCCAUACUCAAUUUCCAAACGUGCCCCUGUUUGAGACCUUCUUCUCGCCAUGGAGGGUGAUCUUCGAAGGGGGCAUCGAUCCUCUGCUCCGUGGAUUGAUUGGCCGGCCGGCAAAAUUGAAUACGCAGGACCACAUGAUGGUAAAUGCUCUUAGAGAGAAACUAUUUGCCUUUACAGCCCACAUUGCUUUGGACUUGGCAUCCCUCAACAUGCAAAGAAGCCGUGACCAUGCAAUACCAGGCUAUAAUGCAUGGCGUCGGUUCUGUGGACUGUCCUCCCCUCAAAAUGAGCAAGAAUUGGCUGUGGUGAUGAACAACACUGAAUUGGCUCACAGGCUGAUUGAGCUUUAUGGCACCCCUGAGAACAUUGACAUUUGGUUGGGAGGCGUCGCUGAGCCUUUUGUUCCUGGUGGUCGUGUUGGUGCUCUUUUUGCCUGCCUUAUCUCUACACAGUUCCAGCACAUUCGUGAGGGAGACAGGUUAUGGUGGGAGAACAAAGGAGCGUUUACCACCCAGCAAAAAGCAUCACUGGCCUCUGUGUCAUUUGCCCGCAUUAUCUGUGACAACACUGGAAUCAGCAGAGUUCCCAAUGACCCUUUCCGCUUCACCAGUUCUGCCAAUUUCGUUAACUGUGGGGAUAUCCCAGCCUUAGACCUCAACCCUUGGAUUGAAACUGGUACGGCACCGUAGUAUACAGUAAGAGCUCUUAUAUUGCUAUGUGCUAUGUGGUCAUAUAUAAAUCUUCUUCCUCUAACUGGGAAAUUCUGAAAAAAACUUUUUAGUCCUUUUUUCUGCCUUUCACUUGCUUCAUGGGGAUUUGCUUGGGUUUGGGGCCUCUUUUACAUUUAAAAUGUUUUUUUUCCUUUGAUGUGAACAGUUAGGCUUAAAGUACAAACAUAUAACAUAUAUGCAUUACUCCUCAGAUACAGAGUCCUUCCAAGGACCUCGAGGGGAACCUGGUAAGCCAGUCAUACUUCAAACAUCCCCUCUAAAUAUUCCUUUAGCACAAAGCCGCCAACAUUUCUUUUAAAGCCAGAGACCAGAACAAGAUUACAACUAAUGCAAAAAAAAAAAAGAUAUUUUGUAUAUUAUCAAUGUAAUUUUUUUCCCUUUAAUAAUUAAUUUUUCCAUGUCCACAAGGUGUAGCAGGCCCGCCUGGACCUCCUGGACCUCCUGGACCUCCAGGACCUGCGUCUGUUGGCACCGCCCUUCCUGUCUCUGCUAAAGUGAUUGUGUUCAGUUUGGUCCUUUGUUUUUUUAUUCAGAGCAUCACAUCAGUGGAAUUCUAUACCACAAUCAAUUAGAGAAUGCAUUUCAUUUGACUCAUUUAAGUUUAAUUUUAGGAAAUGGCUUCUUCAUAAUCAACAAUGUGAACAUUGAUGUUGCUCCCUUUAUUAGGGACCAUUAGUCCCUAGUAAAAUUUAGUAAUUUUCACCAAAUUCGAGUCAGAUCACCUUCAGAUCAUGCCGGCAAAAAAGUUUGUAUUUCAUGUCGAUAGACAAAACUGUUUUUGUAUAGUGUAGCAACAUAUUUUAGGCAUGAUGCCAAUUUGCCUAAAAUCAUCUUAAAAUGUUGUUACUUGCUUGUUGCAGCUGGUCUGAUGCUCCCAGCCAUGUUGGCAUGGUUUAUCAUGCUCUUUGUGCUUGGCCACAAUAACUACUGCUUGCAGCAAUAUUUAUUAUUAUUAUUAUUAUUAUUAUUUAACCCAUAACAAUACUUUAUUUUUUUAUCUUCUUACUGCACUUUUGUCUUUUGGAACAUGCAACUCUCUGGAAAACUUUUACUAUGUUUUUUACUAUUACAGCUGUCAAGAUUAACUAAUUGUAAAAAGUGUUUAUAUAAUUAUAUUUAGAUCUCUUGUUGCAUCAAAGGUUGCAGCGAUGAGCAUUGUAGCCGAAGACAAACAUGAAUGCAGUGACCUUGUCAUUACUACUCGAUUUCUGUACUCUUUUGUCUUCUAUAUAUAUAUAUAUAUAUAUAUAUAUAUAUAUAUAUAAUACAUAAAAUUGUCUUUUUGUAUAACUUAUUGUUUAACUAUAUUUUACAGAGUGUUUAUAGUUUCUGGUUGUAUUAUUGUUGUUUUUGGUAAAGGGACUACCAAUGAAAACUAGCCUUUGUGUUAAUUUGUGUAUAUUUACAUUCAUAAAUGUUGACUAAUGUACACUGUGCCUUUUUGAAAUGAAAAUAAAUUGAAAUUUACAAUGGACAAAACCAUUAUAAUCAAAUGUCAGGGUUGUUCU